AUGGCUGCAUCACUUCAAGCCUCAGUUGACUCACUUCAAUCCUCGCUGCAAACACUCGAUUCAUCCAUCUCUACCCUCGACUCUGCUGUUAGCGACUUUCCCCGAUUGUGUAAGGUCUUACAAACAACGCGGCACUUUGAGCUCCUUCCCGAACCUACUCUGCGCGAAGCGCAGCAGUCACUCUUGGAUGAAAUCUCACCGAGUAUCGCGCAUCUAUUAUCCUUAGCCUCAAACCACGUCGAAAAGCUCUCCCGUCGCGAACAGGCCCUUAAAGCUAAGUGCGAGCUCCAAGAGGGCCGACUUCACUCCAAUGACAGCCGUCAAUCUUCGAGUCGCGGUCUGGGCGCCAUGCGCGAUCGACAGAGACAGGACGCUGGUAGCGCUGUCGCAAAAGCAGCGGAAUACAGACGACUCGUCCAGAAGAAGGAACGGCUGAAGUACACUGUUGAGCGAUUGGAGCUGCAGAGUCAGCAACGUGAACGUCAGCUGAGAAAAAGUAUGGCUUUUCAAUAA